GCCUUCACCGCCGUCCGUUCCCCGCCGCGCAGCAACAGCAACGGGAACAUGAGCGGCGCGACGGGCACCGCCGACUUCUUCUACCGGGAGGCGCUGCGCCUCGGCUACGUCGCCCGCUCCGCCUUCAAGCUGAUCCAGAUACAGAAGCAGCACAAGCUCAUCGCCCCGGGCGCCGCCGUGCUCGACCUCGGGUGCGCCCCCGGGGCGUGGCUCCAGGUGGCCUGCCAGAACCUCGGCCCGCUCGAGAAGGGCGGCCUGGUCGUCGGCGUCGAUGUCAAGAAGGUGAAGGUCCCCUCGGCGCACUGCGACUCGCGGGUCAGGACCGUCUGUGCCGAUGUGAUGGCUCUCAUGAAGCAGCAAGCCCGAGCGAUGUCGCCACAGGAACGAGGAUUUUCUGUGAUAUUAUCCGACAUGUGUCCGGUAGUUUCAGGGAUCACAACCAGAGAUGAAGCUAUAUCUUGUGAGCUGGGCAUGCGUGCACUCUCAUUGGCAGUUGGCAAGAUAAAAUUGAAAGAAUCGGCUGACUAUAGUGUGACUAUGGAGAGGUUUCAGAGCUCCAUGGGCCCUGAUCCCGAUGAGGAUGGUGUUCUUAGGCGCGGGGGUAGCCUAGUAAUCAAGUUUCUUGAGAACGAGGAUAUACCAGGGUUUAACAAAUUUUGCAAAGAGAAGUUUAAGAAAGUAUCUCUGCUGAGGCCUAAGGCAACGAGGUCUAGUUCGAGGGAGAUCUACAUGAUCUGCGAAGGUUUGCGGUAGAAGACUGGCCACAACUCGCCUCCCAUGAAAUCCUGCUGGCUUGUGCUGAGCAAAGCGGCUGGACCAUGAACUCUACAAAUACGCCGUUGAGCUUUUAGGCGUGUAGGCGUUAGAUGAAGCUAACUUAAUCGGGAGAUCAGGAUUAGUGAGUUGAGGAAACUUGAUGACAUCUCUUAAUGAGGUGAAGUGUUUUGGUGCCUCUGUUAACGAACAGCUGUAUUGGCCUGCCUUUGUGCUUUUAGAAGAAAAAAAUGGUUGUGCUUGUUC